GUUCGACAAGUUUUAGGUGAAUUUUUGGGUUGCACUCGUUAUCGUCCUCUUAUCACUUGGUAAACCUUCCUUCCACGCUUUUUUGAUCACCAAGUUCCCACCCACCACAUCAUGUCUGCGUUGAAUGCCCCACGAAAAUUUCGCAUCACCGCACCCUGUUCGACGGCGAACAUUGGACCAGGGUUCGAUGUGCUGGGCAUUUCACUGUCCAUGUACUUGAGCUUAGACGUUGAAAUCGGUGCACAACAGGAUGCUCCAUUUGUUAUGACCUAUUCGGGCGAAGGCGCUAAGGAUGUUCCACUUACUCCAGAGCAUAACUUGAUUACGAAGACCGCUCUUUAUGUCCUCUCGGCGAAUGGGAUCAAGCAGUUACCGCAACCUUUGAAAAUUCAUGUGCAGAACCCUAUCCCGCUUGGUCGAGGACUCGGAUCGUCUGGUGCAGCUGUCGUUGCUGGUGUCUUGUUGGGCAAUGCAUUGGGACAGCUCAAGUUGGGCAAAGAUCGGUUAUUGGAUUAUUGUUUGAUGAUUGAACGUCAUCCCGAUAACGUUGCAGCGGCAUUGAUGGGCGGUUUCGUCGCUUCUUAUUUGCGUGAAUUGGAUCCCGAAGAUGUCAAGGGCGUUCCUGCGUCGGAAUCUUUACUCGACAUUACCCCUUCGCAAGAUGUGCCUCAACCUCCUUCAGGCAUCGGUCAUUUUGUGAGACUCAAUUGGGCCAAUGAAAUCAAAGCAAUUGCCAUUGUGCCUCAAUUUGAAGUGGCCACCGUCAAAGCCAGGUCAGUGUUGCCGCAGACUUACGAUCGUGCAGAUAUGAUUUUCAACUUCCAGCGUCUUGCAGUAUUGACAACCGCAUUGGGCCGUUCACCUCCGGAUGCCGAUCUUAUCUACAAUGCAAUGCAAGAUAAGGUUCAUCAACCUUAUCGCAAAACUUUGAUUCCUGGUCUUCCUGAAAUUUUGUCAACCAUCACACCUGCAAAGUACGAUGGCUUGCUCGGUAUUUGCUUGUCUGGUGCCGGUCCUACCAUCUUGGCCCUUGCAACCCACAAUUUUGAAGCCAUUGCCGAAGCUGCCCGUGCGGUCUUUGCGGAACAUGGUAUCAAGGAUAGCUUCUACCGAGUUUUGGAUGUAGAUACUGAAGGAGCCAACGAGAAAGAACUGUAAACUUGACUGGUCCCGCAUCAACGGCAUACCCUCGUUUCUCAUCUUGCGUAUACUAGAUUUCUGUAAGAACUAAUAUAGAAUGUGUGUACAAUUUAAUUUCACAGUACAUCCAAUGGUAUUUUACAAAAUCAACUUUGUUGAAAUUUCAAGUUACUCGGAAAGUGCCCAAGUAGAGGAAGG